GAAGAUUUUCUUCUACCUAUUGGAUAUGACUACGACCAACGCGCUGGCUAUCCACCGGGCCCUCGGCGGUAAACUUACUCAGUUUGAGUUCCGAAAGGAACUCGUUCGAGGAUUGCUGCAGCAAGGCGGUCCCCGUGGCUCCUUCCGGCGGAAUCCUCCUCAGGCUCGCCACGAGGAGGAGGUUCCCCAGCAGGCACACUUGCCAGUUGACACACCGCAUCGUCGGUGGCGUCGGUGUGUGCUCUGCUGGAGGAACCACCGGCGCAGGAAGGAGACCAGGGUGAUGUGCAGUUGCUACGGCACCUCACUUUGUCCAACACCCUGCUUUCAGGCCUUCCAUGCCUGAAGGUCGUUGGGCAAGUUGUAU